AUGAAAAUUGCUAAACAAUAUCCUCAAAAAAGCAAGAGAAGAAUAUUUUUUGGUGAAAAAACAAGUGGCAUUGCUCAAACACAAGCUUGUGCAGCACAAUUAUCAUCAACUAUUGCUAAUAAUCCAGGAGCAUCAUCAACACAAUUAACAAUCCUGAUAGCUCUAAUCAAGGAAGACAGUCCAUCUGCUCAAAUUAAUAUUCUUGGAGUUAAUACCAAUCAAUCGGAUCAAAUGUCUUCUCAACCUCAAAGUCUUGCCAUACAAGAGUUAAUGUUCUAA